AUGCCAACGGCUGGGGAAGCUAGGCUAAAAUCAAACUCAGUGCAGAAAACCUCACAAGAUAGGUAGGUGACGCACGAUCCAAAACUGUUUGGUCUUCUAAAUAAGCUUAUUUUAUAUUUCGACGACGAUUCGUGGUCAAGCACUGCGUACAUAUUUUUGCGAGUUGUAGUCAGCUGAUGUAGUGUUAAAUCGGAAGAUGAAUUUGUUAUAGCCUUGUAAUCAACAGAGAAAAGGAGUCCAUGAGUUUAAUUUGUUCUCAGACGAUCGACUAUCUCGAGGGAGUCUAGAGAGUCUGACAUCUACUGACUGAAAUAAAUCUAAAGAGAAGGAGCAAGCGAUCGAGGGCGAUUUUAAGAGGCUAGAAUAUACAAAAGCCUGGCUGUAGUUGUAAUUAAUGUACUCAGUUUGUUGCUUCUUGUUGUUUUUACUACUAACAGUGUAUAAUAAUAAGUGGUAAAAAAUGUGUUUUGUCGGGUACAUUGUAACUUUAAUUUCCACAAGUCUUCAAUCAGUUAUUUAAUUAGUCUUUUGAAAGUCUCUUUAUAUACUGUAUAUUUUACCUUUUUUUCACUAGAGUUUCUUUGAAGGGAAAAAUAUCCACCAACAAGUCUGCACUAGGUAUGUAUGAAAAGCAGUUUAAGUACAGUAAUCAGAUCUUACAAUAAUAGUUUAUUGCCGACUAGGUCUAUAUAUCCAUUAUGGUAACAUAAUUACUUAACAAAGGCAGCUGCCUUUCUUAAUGGUAAAGAGUUCCUUGUUUGUUCCUCGGAAAAAAUUAUAUAUGGCUACAUCAUUCUUUACAUCAAAUUUUUUUUCUCUCUCUCUCUUCUAAGUUUGUUUUAUUUUAUGAAGGGGUGGAGGGGAGAGAAGUUUCUUCUUGCUACAGCCCGAUUUUUUUGUUUCUGCUACUUGCUUCUGGAUUUUAAUACAUCUGCGAGUUCUUUUCUUUUGCUGUCGGUAAUGAUAGCUCAUUGAUUUGUGUUGAUGGCUUUUUUCUAUUUGUACAUGGGCUUGAGCUUCUUGGUACAUGUAUUUUAAGAAUUUUUGCCCUGGAUUUCUUUUAAAAGAGCUGGCAUUUUGGAUAGGCUCAACUUUACAGAGCAUUAAUAAUUUGAUGUGCUUAAAGAGAUGCUUUCAAAAUAACAUUUUAUGUCAGGUAUGUAGCUGCAUGUGCACCAACGUAGGUUAACUUGUGUGAUUGUUUAUUAGAAGAUUUUUGUUUCUUUUGUUGGCAGUUAAAACCAAGUUGACACAACACCAUAACAAUGGAAAAAGGUAUUGAGUAUAAGUUCAUUUUUUAUAUUUAUUACAUGAUACCACUAAAUUUUAAAAAAAUUCCAUGUUACAGUACAACUGAUUUUUUCAGCUAUUGGACACUGACUCUAUGUUGAUUUCAGUGGCUUGUGGACCCGAGUGUUUGUUUGAAUCUGUAGUUUAUUGGGCACUAAAACAACUUUAAAUUAAGGUUUGUUUUGACUCUUUCUUUGGCUGGCAAUGGGGGCCAGAGUUUUCCCCUGGCUUUUUUGUGUUUGGUGAAGGCAGUGUGGCGGAGCAGUGAGAGUGCUGGACUUGUAAAUCAGAGGCCCCGAGUUCAUUUCCCACGUUGACCACUAGCUGGAUUAAUUUUGUUCUCGGCAGUCGGAAGUUCAUAUCCAAGUGAUACCCUGUUAUUGUGAAAGGUUUGAACCCAGGAGUCAAUAUUUCAAAAGUAGGUUGAGUUUGAUCGUCCGGGUGAACGUAGUCCUGAAUAGGACUGUUUUGGUAAAAUUGUUUAUCUUGCCCUUAUACUAAAGUUUUUUUAAAAAGUUUUUUGUAAAGUAGCGUCCAAAAACUUGAAUUUUGAAUUUCUCAUUAACUUGUUGUAUACAUUGAAACAUUUACCAGUGGAGGCUGAUGUUGUUUGUCACAAAUCUAACAUGAAACAGCUGUACUUCUCAAAACUAGUAAAAUUCAUUUGUUCUAUUUAGGCUAUGUUUUGUUAUGUUACAUUCUGAUUUAUAAUCACAGAAGUAACUUUCAAUUUUCACAACAUUUCUACAGUUACAUGUAAUUAAAAUUUUUACUGUACAGUUCUGUACCGUAAAAACUGUUUUUUCACUUACUUCUGGCCAAUUGCUUGACAAGCUCUCAAUAACACGAACUUCCGAUAACUUGAACUUUUUGCUAUUUCCCUUGAAGUAUGAGUUAUCGGGAGUAGACGGUACAUGUGCAUUUGUACAUGUUGAAUUCACAUAAAUGCAUCUCAUCAAUUUAAGUGAGAUAGUUCAGUUUGUGAAAGCUUCCAGUGUUGCAUAAUUGUGAUAUAUUAUAGAGUGGUCAGUCACUUUUUGGGUGCCAAGGUGUCCACUGAGUGGAGGUUAUAAACCUGGGUUUCGGCACCCAGAAAAAGUGUCCCUUUUCCUGGAAAUAAUUGAAGGUGUUAAUCCUUGGCCUGCAUUUUUGUAACACAUACCUUCUGAAUUCAGUUCUAUUCCAGUUCCAGUGAAGAAAGGUGCUGCCAAGGGAAAGGAAAAUUCCAAUCCAGUGAGUGUGACAUUUUUGUACAGUGUACCUUUAUAACAAACAUAACUUUACUACAUUAUUUUAAGUGUUUCUUAACCAUUUACAGUAAUCCUGUUCCACAGCCCUGUUUCAUAAACCAGGGGUGCAUAAUGACAGUUUCCUCCCAAAUACAUUGAAAACACAUUUUAGCCAAGGCUAUCCAGAGUACUUUUAGAUAUCUAGAAAUGCUUUCUAUGGGGCACUAAUCCUAGGUCAACUUAAGUCUUUUCUAAAUUACCUGCCUGGGCUUAAGUAUUAUUUUUGCCGAAAAUUUUUAGAUGCAAUUUGACGUGUCACGAAAGUUUGGCAUUUUCUGAUUCCUCUCUCCAUCACCUUUUUUAAUUCGAAAAUUUUAGAUUUCCUUUGUUGUAUGAAAAAUAGCCUUAUAUAACUUGGGAAGUGAAAUGUAAAAAUUUACCCUGCAAGCAGAGGUUUCUCUCUUGCAUGGCUUUUAGCUUUUGCGACGUCAUUCGCAUGGCUUGUCUGAGCAUAAACAAACCUAUGCAACAGGCAAGCCACGCAAACAACUUCGUAAAGCCAUCCAAGAGAGAAACCUCUGCUCGCAGGGUGGUGAAAAUGAGAAUUAGAUAAGCUCGAAAAAUUGUACAUAAAUGGAACGGUCACACAAAAAUUUUAAGCUGUCCUCAACUAAUAGAAAAUUCUAGGCAAUAUUUGCUUUUCAGAACAGAUAAUUUACUGAAAAUAGUCACCUGCUGCCCCUAAUAAACAUCUUGAAAACCCAGAAGUCUAAUUUCUGGUGUUGGUUCUUUAGGGUUCAGAGUAAUUUUUUGACUGAAUUACCAAAGAAAUUUCAGCUUGGUCAGGUCUCUUUUUUGAUUGGUCAUGUCAAAAUAAUAAACAUAUAUAAUACAAUAAUGAUUUAAACCAGGAGCUUAAACCUUAAUAGCUUAGCAACCAAAAAAUUUAUAAUAUUCCUCUUUCACAAAAGGCAAACUUGAAAAUUAGGGCUUAAAAUAAGUUCAUUCAAACCCAGUCAAAAUGACCGGCAAACUAAAAGUUUAUCUGGACAAAUUGUCAUCUUGGCCAGACAUUUUCCAUUGACUGGCAGUUUUUUGGAGCCCUGUCUCCAGUUGUUCCAAAGGUUGAUAACGUAUCCACUGGACAGUGAUUUAUCUGGUGGAUAGCACUAUCCAUCUUUUGAACAACCGGGACCUGGUCCUCUAAAGUCCUUGACUUUCUACCAAUUGAAAGAAUGUUAACUUAAAACCUAGGUUUGAAGCCUGAUUUUAACCUGAACUUCAUUUCAACCUACAUGUUCAACACCCUGUAGCCAGCAAAACAGCAGAACCUUUCUUUCUCUUGCUCAAUUUUGACAUACCCGAAAAAGACUCAAAUCUAGUAAGAUUUUUGUUGAGCAUGCGCUGCAGGUUGCUAGGACAAUUUAUUGUAGUUUCGAAUCCAGGCCUAGUAAUAGCUAUGCACUUGGUAUAGUGGGCCUUGUUAUGAACAUUGGUUUAUCAAUAAACAGGUGCCCGUACUUGAAAAAGCCAGAAGUUUUGGCUGCAGUGACUUCAAAGGGUUAACACGGUUCAGGCAGAGCCUCCUUGUGCAAGAAGACGAAAGGAGGCUGAGUGCUUGUAGGCCUCAUGUUCAACUGUUAUGCGAGCAGAUACAGGCUUUCCUAUUGAAGGGUGGAAGUGAAAGCAAAAGUUGCUACGAGUACUGAAAGCUAAUUACCGGUAUGACUGUGUUUGUUUGAUUCUGCAGAAUGAAGGCUGCACUGUUGGCAAAAGGUCAAGCAAGGUUAAAAAAGCUCCAAACUUUUCAAAGAUUCACAAAAAAUGGGAAAGUCAGUUGUCCAAGGUGAAUAUAAAUAUUAUACAUGUAACUUAUAUGUUUACCUCAUGUAUUUAUUUUAAUAAACGCUUAUAAACAACCUUUAGGGGCUGAAAGCACCAAAACAAUGAGGAAUUAUUAUAAGGAAAAAAAAUGCAGUUGUAUUUAGUAGUGUAACAGUUAACAACCACUCUUAAAAACUAGCCUGUACACAGACGUUGUUUUAUUUUUCUUUUCGUUCUUUUCGAAAACAUCGGCGAGCUCACAUCUAUUUUCUUCUUCCCCCCACCACUGCCCCUUGAGCUGGCAGUCAAAGAAUCCCCUGCAGUUUAUAUUUUAUCACCUGCGCUCGACGGACUCUGAAGAGAAAAUAAGGGGUUUGUGAACAGGCUACUUAAAAGCAGUUAAUUAUCUUUUGCAGGUCUUUAAAUAGUGGGGAUGGUGCAAAGUGAAGUGAGCAGGGAAAAAGUAGUGAUAGGGCCUGGCAGAAAAUGUACCGCGCCUGCGUAGUCGGUGGGAUUGUUAUUUAGCAUGAGCAAAGUUUUGGCAGUGGAGCUGUAAAGCCGUUUGAAGAAUGGGGCUCGUUUUGCUCACUUUUUGCAGCAAAAACUAAAACUCUCACACUUGCAAAAAAUUUUCGACAGCUAUAUAAGGUUACGAGAAAACGCUGCCUACUAGUCUUCACUAUCUGAACCCCCUGGAACAGGCUAAAAAACCAGUUGAAUUUGGACUGUUGUUACAUAAAUAAUUUGUCUUUGUCAUGUGUUAUUAUUAAUUAUUAUUAUUAUUAUUGUUAUUAUUUAGAAAGUAAUAAUGGCGUGAGCUUGUAAAUUAGUAUUUUAGGAUCUUUUUAAUAUUUUUAUUUCAUCAAAAAUUUAGUCUAUUAUAGUGGAAUGUAAAUUAGUCAUAUAAUGACUGCCGCUUAAAAGCUAGCCAAAUGUGUGUCCGCUUAUUUUAGAAAGUCGAUAAUGGCGUGAGUUUGUAAAUUUGUGUUUAAGGGAUCUUUUAAUAUUUUUAUUUCAUCAAAAUUUUAGUCUGAUAAUGCAAUAUAAAUUGGUCAUUUGUUAAUAAAGAUGUUUGCUCAUUAUUAUUAUUAUUAUUAUUAUUAUUAUUAUUAUUACCUUACCUGUAAUGUUCCUGUAAAAGCAUUAUUUUUAUGGUGCACUGUUUUUGUACAUGUACAACUCUUUUAGAGCGGUUUUCACUUGACUGUCGAAAGUAAUUGGUUUUGGUUUUGGUUUUGGUUUUACUACGCCCUUUGGUUGGCUAGUGUAUUAACUUUGGUUUUGGUUUUACGACAGUCAAGUGAAAACCGCUCUAAUAUGACCAAUGUUGACUUCAGUUCUACCUUUCGUUUUGUAGGGAAAGGCAGUGUCCAAGAAGAAAAACACAACUGUGAGUCAUUAUAGAGGGCCCCGAGGGUCCUUUAAUCCCGUAAUCCUGACCUAAAUUUUCGCUCAAUUCCUUUAAACUGUUCAGUCCCCUUUGUUUUCAUAAGAUCGUCAGGAUCGAGCGAGUACCAUUACGGGCGGCCAUCUUGGUUUCUUACACCUUGUAUCUACCGAGAGGGCCAGAUUACAGAAAAACAGGGGACUGUGAACAGCCCACAAUCCCGUAAUCCGGAUGGCCGAUGAUCCGAAUCUCGCCCCAAGUUUGCUUUAAAAUCCCGAAUUCCGUCCUUCAAAUAAGGUAGACUGCGAACAGUCUCUCUUUUUCUUCAGAUGGUGAGCGGGACACGCCUUCAGUCACGCGCCGUGUCAUUUGCGUGUCUCACACGUUUUUGCUCGACCGACCAAGAAAAAAGAGAAACUGCUGGUAGUCUACUAAUAAGGCGAAUCCUAACUCUACAGCGGGUCAUCAUUACUUGUGGACGUAGUUUGAAUGGGCAAAGAACAGGGUUCGCACGCACCUUGAAAGUCCUUAAAAGUCCUUAAAAGUCGUUAAAUUUUAAAAUAAAAAUUCAAGGCCUUGAAAGUCCUUGAUAAUUGCAGUCGGUGCUGGAAAGUCCUUGAAUUUCAACGAUAACUUAAUAGUUUAAGUAGAACUCCAAAGAAAAGGAGUAAACACAGAAAGACCUUCGGGAUAAAAUUACUCAUUUUGUGGAAGAACUAAAAAAGACAUAGACUCAAGGCUCCUUUUUUGCACUGAAUGGCGUCCUUGAAAAAUGGGGAAUGUGUCCUUGAAAGUCCUUGAAAAGUUCUUGAAUUUUUUGUUCAAAAAAGGGUACGAACCCAGAAAGAAGAAGUUGCGGAUUCAAAAGUAUCCGGAUGCUUGUGGCCGGGGCCUGAUACUUAAUGACGGAAACGAAGUGGGAUUUCUGCUCAGUAUUGACUUGAGGCGACUGGUACUUAUUUUUCCCCUUCCUCCAAACCAAAAAUCUUUCUUAGCUAAUUUUUUUGCACGAAUUAAUACCAAGACGGAUUUUCCGUCUCUAGUAUGAACCUGGCCAAUGAGCAGCAAAAGGGAAAAUCGGUACAAAGAGAGAGCGUAUCUCGAAAUUUUGACCUCUGCGCAUGCCCAAACUUCGGGAGCUAAAACGGUGGAAACUCGAUAUAACGGAGCUAUAUACAACGAAGUCUUUGGUGUAACCAACGAUUUCCUUACCCCAGUAAUAGUGAAAUAUAUGGAAAAGAACCUCGUUAUAGCGAACAGGUUUUGCCGGUCGCUUGGCCCUUCAUUGCGUUGCCGGAUUUAGCAACAGAACGGAAACGUCAUUUGACGACGGGAAAGCGCGCGGAAAGGACUAAACUCGACUCCCAGUGCCUAAUUUGUCGCUCUGCCACUGGUCUAUGUUUCACAUCAUUUAACUUUUUUUACAUUCGUUCUUAUCCAGGUUGAAGCUUUUAACCUCACUAAAGGGGACCAGCAAGGUCACAAUUUCAAAAGGCCGUACGCUUACAUCAGCGAAGAUGAAGGUGAUGCUGUUUCUGGUAGUGAGGAUGACUUCGAGAUUGACAGCACAGCGUUAAAAGGAAUAUUGAACAACACAGGAAUUAAGGUACAGGACUGGUGUAGACAAAUCGUGCACCAUGGUUAAAGUUCUGUUUUGAGACGUUCAAUUUGAACCUCUCCACAACGGCCACCGUGGGACAGAAGAAAGUGGCCGUCUGAGGAGUAGACGGUUUGCAGUCCACCUUUUCCCUUAAAAUCCGUCUUUAACUAUUUUGAAGAGUGUUCUCGAGAAGUUUUUUGUGUCGGGACAGUUGGCCUAGCCUUAAACGAUCGUUGCGUUUUCAAAUUUAUCUGGCAUAGAGUGAACAGGCCCUAAUUACGCACUGAUGCGCAGGUAAAUUCAAAGUAGACAGACUGCAAAUUAUAGUAGUUGCUAAAAAAUAUAUCUACGUGUCCCAACUGUUCAUAAGUAGGAUGCCUAAUAGUUUAAAUGGUACAAAAUAACAGUCCUCUAAAGAGUAAAAUUACGUGGUGUGAGAUGGGGUAACAAACAUAACGGACCUAAAAAUGACUGGUUUUCCACACGCGUUUGAGGGAUAUGAGAUCAUAAAUGUCAGCAAGGCGUGUUUUCCAUCUCAUAUUAAGCACGCCUUCUUGAAAUGUUACGAUAUGCAUAUUGCGCAUGCGGGUCAGUGUUCUGAUCGAGGUUUCUAACCACUUUUUUUUAUAUCAUAGCCUGUGUACGGACGUCCCCUCCCCCCCCGCCCCCCCUCCUCCUCAGAAAAAAAUCGCGGACAGAGAUUAUUUUUGAGGAGAGGGGGAGGGGGCGUCUGUACACGGACUACAUUUACCACUAUGCAACUAUGCAACUAUGCAAACUAUAUUUUCUUUUUAAGGAUGAAGAUCUUAAAAUUAAUGGAAGAGCAACAAUUGCUGCUUUACCUUCAAGGUAAUAUCUUUUUGACUAACGCUAAUUUUUACACCAUACCGCAUAGUUUUUGCGCCGGCACGAAAACCAUCCCGGAUAGGGAUUCUGUUUGCUCAUAAGGACGGUGAUUUCGGUGCAAUUUCUGGGACGGAGCGAAACAGCGCCGCGCCUAUCUCGAAAGUGAAGCGUCACAUAUCGGAUAGGUUCUGUGUCACUUUUUAGUGCAGUGUGAACAGGUAUUCGGAGCGUAGCGGAGGUGAAUAUUAAGUAGAUGCGUGAAUGGAAACUCACUGGCACGAAAGUAGAUGCCCAAGAGUGAGGACUGAGAUUUAGCGCACCAAAUCCUCUCAGUCUUUCCCUCUGCGCGAUGUGCGAUGUGUGUGAAUGACUUGCUCCAGUCCUGGGUCCUCGCAGUUCAUAUCAUGUACCAGAUAGCUUUUUGUGUCUACAUUACACGAAAAGCUAUUCGGUGUAGUUUAGAUAGCCUGAAAUAAGUGACUAUCUAGUGAAGCUGAGGUACUUGAAUCACUAGCAGCUGUUGGAUAAUGGGGGCUGUUGGUGUAGCGGCCUAUAAGGAAUGUAGCCAGAAAUCCUGUACACUAUUUGUGGGUUGCCCCGCAUUCUUUCAUACAUACAUACGUAGCCCCCUGAUCCAACCUUCUCCCUUUAAUACUUUCUGUCUUCCUCCCUGCCUUAACUUUGCAUAAACUAUUGUUUUCAACUUCUCUGGGAAGAUGAAGUCCUCCCUGGAACAUUUAUAAAAAAUAGUUAUGCAAAAUUUGCUAGGAGCAAACCGAGUUUGUGGGUAUGUAUUUUGGCAACUCGCGAUCAGGCGGUCCUUCUGUGAUCGCAGGUUAAUAUCAUGGGGGAUUAGAGUGAAUGGCGAGUCAUUCAUUCAAUGAUAACCAUUAUUCCAGUGAGAACAGUCUAGGUGGCGCAUGCGCAUUGCAAGCAAGUUCUUAGCCCUGAGGAAGGUUGAAGAGAGAAAAGAGCAUUAUCUUCCCCAUCCCACCCCACAACUUCAUACAACUUGCUCCCAAACUUUACUUGAUUGUCUGCUCUUGUAAAGAGGCGCUUCUUCCUUCCCCAAUAUAUCUAAAUCUCUGUUAUAGUACCUUUUAACCUAAAAUACAAUCGAAAGGGGGCCUUUUUGGAAAUACGUUUCAGUGUACAGGCGAGGCGAUUUUUCAAAACUGCGCUUUUUUGGGCAUUAAUUUGGCGUAAAGCCACAUUUUAAUUACAAACGCUUCUACCGCUGACAUCCCCGUGACUGUCGGUUUAUUUUCCUGCGCUGGAAACAUUCGGUGACACACGCAGGUACACAUAUGUUUUUCUUUUCUUUUUUUCCAUACAGUGAGUCAGGCAUAUCUGGCCAAACAGCUGGGAUUCGAACGUCAAUUUACUACACCAGACCCACGAUUCAGCGUGAUGUGACGGCAUCAGGUAUCGCUCCCAGGACCUGUGACACGUCAACUAAGGCUCGGCCUCCUCUAACACCCCUACAGCCUUCCAAUGUUGACAUCACUUCUGCUAUUUCCCAGCCUGGUUCAUGUAUCAAGAAAAAGGUAGCCUGGGCAGAUCAAGGUAAACAGAGUUUAUUCGACUACACAAACUACGCCAAACUACAGCAAUUACACUAACUACAUCAACUACACUAUCUACAUCGACUACUCUAACUACAUCAACUACUCUAACUACAUCAACUACUCUAACUAUAUCAACUACUCAACUACAUCAGCUUCUCUAACUACAUCAACUACUCCAACUAGAAUGUUAAGUGGGCAUGAAAUGUCUCUAUAUUCGUGACGGUUAUCAUGAAUUCAUUACCGUUUUUAUUGGAUUGUUCAUCAGGUCCUUUAUCUUUUAACGCUCGCCUCUCAUGGCCAUUGAAUAGUCUCUUAAGCUGUGGUAAAACCGAACGGGUAACAACGACGUGCAACUUGUUCUGCAACAUUGCUGCAAAACAAUUUGAAAAGCAAUUUUGUGCGUUUCACCACCCACGUUCAAAAUUGUCUUGCAACAAAUGAGGUUGUUGUAAGUUGCGCGAAUACUGACUUCUGAUUAGUUAAAUUACGUGAGAGUCAUGUCAUACACAUAAUUUACGUCUCUUGUUCCAAAAGGUAGAACUUCUUUCUACUCUCUGCAACACCUUUUCUCAGCGGGAUUUGUUGCAGGACAGCUUUGAUUCGUGGGCUGUAAAACGCGCAAAAUCGCUAUUCAACUCGAUUUGCAGCAAUGUCGCAAAACAAGGUGCACGUUUUUCGUUGCCCGUUCUACCGUACCUUUAGAUCCGCAAAACAAAGAGUGAAGGUUAAUCACACGCAACGCUUACACUGGAGGAGAUUUUCAUGAAUCUGUAACAUUUUGGUACUGGAUUUGUCUGCCGGUUUAGCUGUGUCUCCGGAGAUUUUAAGUCCGGAAUCUAAGACUACGUUUACAGCAGAAGAGAUUUUUCCCAGUUCAUAAAUUAUUCUAACAUAUUCGAAUUUGCGGGCGUUUACACACAUCAAUGGAUCAAAAAACAUCUAUUCCGAUAAAUGUGCUGUAGUGUAAACGUACCCUAGCUUAGUGCUGUUAUUCUCUGGUCCAUCCGUGUUAACUUUCUCAAAGCGCCGUUUUUAUACUUUUGUUUUCAGCCCGUGAGAAAGAUCCGUUCGACUUCAAGCCUGACGCCAGUUCAUUGCAGAGCAUUUUAAAUAACACUGGAAUUAAUGAUAACCUUACGCGACUUCAAAAUACCGGUCGAGUUACCCUUGCAGGUGGACGACUUACACCAUACCUUAGAAGUCGUCAAGCAUUUAGGGAGGUAUGUUUGAAAAUACGGUGAAAUCCAUCCCUAGACAUCGGGGUAGGGAGGGGGAAGGUAGAGUUAUGCAAAGCGAAUGCAUAAAAACUUCCUUUACAAAUGAAAAGCUGCCAUUAUUUGUUAACCUGCUUAACACAAGGAAAUUAUUGAAAUCACGGAUAAGGUCUCAGUGGAGGUCGUCCACUGGUGUGUACACAAAGAACCUGCUGGGGUUUUGUCGAACUUUAACGAUUUGUUUUGUAUGUUAUAGAAAUUUUGAAAAAAAAUGGGGGCUCUCCAUACUCGUUUGAGCAGCAGCAGCAGCAACUGCUAUGUAUGCAACACUGACAUGAUUAUAUUUCUGUCUGAUUUUAGAAAAAAGGUACCUUUCUCAGAAUCUCAACCAUUGGCAAGCGUAGCUUUCUAACUUUAAUACCGCCACUGAAAUCAUUGCAUGCUUUUGGUUUGUUUUUUUCCUCCCAUAUUAGCUGUUAGGACAAGGGGCUCGGAAGAGGGUGGGGGAGGGGGGGAGAUAGGUCGGGGGAAGGUGCAUGGCUCGCUGGCCAAUCUCUACCAUACUUGUAAAAAGCUUGGCCACACUAUUAAGCUUUUUUGGGUAAUUUAGAGUUUAAGUCAAUAUGGAGACCACAGAAAAGACAUGCAUUUUUAACAGACUCUCUUGAGUUGUAUGGUACCUUUUUCCAAAAUCAGACAGAUUUAGGAGUGCAUGUUUUAAACACGUUCCCUACGAUUUUUUUUCUUUUUCUACACUGGAUGUUUUUUAGACAAACAAAGUUUCUGCUUAAGAAAAAAAAACGAGUGAUAAAUGACCAUACUCGUUGCAGAGAAAAUGAAGAUUUACCCCUUUGGAGAGCUCCGGCCUUACGACAAAAGCCGCCAUAUGUUGAUCUGCACGCGCUUAAAUCUUGUUAAAGGAUGCCUUAAUUAGGUGUAUGUUUUACUCUGCAUGCUACCAGGAACCCACCAUCAAAAGGAGCUCUAUUUAUUACACGGGGCCGAAACGCACCCGGCCAAGCCCUAGGGGAUCCAUGAUAAGAACAAGGCUAGCAACUGAGGCCGCUGGUAAAUAUAAUCCAUUAACAACAGUUGUUGGAAAACAAGGCCAGCUGCAGGAACAAGGUAGUUGUCAGUUUUCUUUUUCUUAAAUUCAAUACAGAAACUUGUUUUGGCAGACAUUUACUCCGCCACCAGAGUUCCGCAGUUAUAGCUUCGACCAUGCACUACCGAUGAGGGGCUGAGGGUACGAACCAUCUCAAUGAGUAAAAUCGACGGCACAAAGAAAGAAAAAGCUGUCGGUCUCCCUUUAUUCCUUUUCUCGCUUUGUUUGCUUUGCAUUCAAUUUCCUCACCAUCUAAACGCCUGGAACUGGUUAUUUGUGUUAUGGCAACGCAUGGCUUACUGUACGUUUUACAACAUCAAAACAGGCAAUAACGAACUUUUGCUUUAGGCUGUAGCGCUUUCUAUUUUUUCUUGAUGUAGAGAAAGACCUCCACUUGUGCGUUGGUGGAACAAAUUGUGAAGUGACUUGUCUAGCUACAUGAUCAACAAAUUGUGUUUCCGUCAACUCUUUCCUGACGGUCACCUAGAUGUGGUUCCUGCCUUUUUUACUGCCUCUAUUUGACUCUCGGACAUCACUCUUCAGUUAGAUGGACGGACACUUAGUAACGUUAUUAAAAGCAGUGGUGGAUCCACCCCCUAUUUUUAGUCGAAACUGAUGCCCGAAGGGCCGAAAAAAGUUUUUUGGAGACCCAACCCCCCCCCCCCUCCCCCCUACCCUCACCCCCUUAUCUCAAGGUCUGCAGACUACAAUUUCCAGGGAAGAGACAGACAGAUGUAUGGAAAAUCUAAAGUAAGCGACCGGAGAAAUUCGGCACAGGUGUACCCCCAAGAUUUGUAACCACAAUCCUUUGCUGUGAAGCUUAAGUUUGCGAUUGUUUGUUUGUUUGUUUGUUUGUUUGUUUUUUUCAGAACAGCCGUUUUACGAAAAUUAAUCGACACUAGAUUCCCAUACAAACACUUUUGAUAAUUUUUCAUGCGGUUGCCUACCUGUCAAGAUAACUUCCACAACCAUGAUAAGGUCUAUUAAGGAUAACUGUAAGUGUAUUUAUUUUUACUUAGAUGAACUCGAUCCUACUGCCAGCUUAGCUGCCACGCAGUUGUCAACGAAAACUCGUGUACCCGACUCCCAACCGUUUAAAAGCUUUCCACUCUCAACGCCCUCGCGGAUACUGGUUUCUAGGGCCCAGCCCUCCUCUGCGAAAGACCAGCCAACCUGGGCAGACAUUCUAACACCACAACGAGUUUCUCAAACGCAAGCAACUCGUUCUCAGGCUUCCUUCGAUCCGUUGCGCACCCCUAGAAAACAGGAGGCGUUGGACGAAGAACUGUGUACGCCACAGAGAGUUACAUCCGUCAAUAAAAACUACAGCUUGCCGCAAGAACCAAUAAUAGCCGUAAACUCCUCCGUGGCUUUAGGGAGAAAGCCUUUGGUGGACUCAACCACCCCAAAUUCAACACUGCUCACAAGGCAAGCUUCAAUCCCUCAGCCUGUGGAUUUGCAGUCGCACCAUACAUCCAUGGCCACGCAAGCCUGGCGUCCUCAGCCUAGUUCCACAAUAGAUCUGAACUCACAAUACUCCCACACGCGAACGCUAAGUUUUCCUUCCUCUGUAGCGACGCUGUCUACAGCAUCUAGGCCAGUUCCCUGUGUUUCCUCGCGUCAACUUCAACCAGAGAUUUGUACUCCUCUGAGCCAGACCGGUGGCUCGAAACUGCAACUUUCCACGCUUCAAAUCUCGAGCUAUCAACCUUCGCUUAAAGCUGAAGCUUCUGCUUCUCUAACGGAGGUCAGGCUACCACAGCGGACACCGAUCUCCAUGGAACACCAGGUAACUGAUGAAACAAAAGUAUGCACCACUGGGUUGUAUCUGGGUAGCAUAUCAGGGUAUAGAUUUUCUUAUUCAAGCUAUCAUUGGUUGGAUUGAUUUCAUCCAAAACAUUUUUUCUCGUUAAAACGCCAUAGCAAGGCGUUCAGUCACAGUGCAUUAUAAUUUAUAACUUCUUAAUCUUGAAGACCUUUGCUGACAACGCUCGCACUCUCCACACACACCUAUAAGUAGGUUUGAAAUUUCCCGCGGAUUGAGAGUCAACCUCAAGACUUUCAAAUAUAUCGGCUAGCUUGGGUAUCGUCGGCUGGUUUGAUCGUAAUACUGUAGAAUCCCGGUUUAGAGAGGUUUUCCUGGGCUUGAGUCUCCCUUUGACUAGAAGAGUUGUUUGUCGUACGUCUCGAGUUCAACUACUCACCUAUACUCAUUCCCCAGCGCCACAAAGGCACAGAGGAAGUCCGCAGGGGACGAUGGCAAGGGGCCUUUCCUUCUUUCCAUCGUCCCCUGCGGAAAAAGACCCCAUGCUAGUAAAAAGACAGUGGUUUGUUCCCUUCCAGGUUGGGUUUUUGUGGGUGUACCUCGAUGUAAGAACCUGUGCACAUUUUCUUUUUUUUUCGCACCUUUUGUUUUCUUAUGUUCUAUUGCGUUUAAUACUUUGCCGGUUUCCUUUGUUGUAAGUCACUUGUGGGUUACAGGCUGGAUGAGCCGUUUUUGUUCUUCGAUGACCCAUUUCAAUUAGUUGUUUCAAAUUAUUUGAUUGGAGUGGAUGUAAAGUAGUCAGAGCAGCUGAGAGUACUUCCACUACAAACAAACGGUUUUUAUGCCCUGGGCUAGGCAAAAUGCAUUUCGACCAAAGAAAGUUAAUUUCUCUCAAAUGAAGUUUAAUUACUCCCUAUAAAGUAGUUCUUUGUCUUUUAUGGUCGUUCCCCUUAUUUAUUUCGUUCAAAUCUGUUGUAAUAAGGUUCCGUUAGAUUCAGAAAGUCCUGGCAUGGUCACCAAUUUGAAACGGUAGUUUCUCUCCUUUCCUUUUUUGUCACAGGAAGACGAUGUUAUCAGGCAGCUUGAGCGCCAAGCAAUGGAGGACCUUGGACUUCUUCAAAUUUCUGAUCGUAAGAUUCAUGAAGAUUCCAAGUCCGUUGACGAUGACAAAGGCGAAGUAUUUUGUUCGAAUGUCUCGAAAGCUCUAGAUAAUCGUGAUUCUGUUGUAAAGAAGCCUCAGGCUUGUUCUCGACCUCCACCUACCUUCAAUUCCAAACAGCCCGCUUGGGAAGAACACCUUUGUUCAGGUGAUAUCACCUCAACUUAUCUGCAGAAUGACUCCAGUUUCUGUCCACCUGUUCGGCUAGCCUACCCUACUCCAGUAAAAGGAACUUCAACCGUCAGCGCUGUUUCUAAUACGCUACGCAGUUGCGAUUCCCUGCCUAAAGGAAGUCAGUCGAGUCUCAACAAUGGCUCCAGUUUCUGUCCACCAGUUAAGUUGGCCUACCCUACUCCAGUAAAAGGAACUUCCUCUGUCAUCGCUAUACCUAAUACUCUACGCAGUGACGGUUCCCUGUCUAAAGGAAAUCAGCAGGUCAAUUCAAGAGCUAUGCAUUCAAACAACUUAUCUCUCAGGUCGGCGUUAUCGUCCUCAAAUCCACGAAGCUUGCCUUCGCGAAACGCCACCCAAGUUCGCGGUGUCGGCGAAGUUUGUUCUCGGUUGCGCUGGGAUGAGGUUACUGCUGUUGAUGAUUUAACGAGUGCAUUCCGACCAGCGACAUCCUCUUACCGGACAACAGCGAAGGUCAAAGCCCAAGAAAAGCUACUCGACAUGGAGGUCGCCUCCUACAUGGCGGUCAGUCAAAGCUAUUUGGUCAAAUCACUGGAACACACAGUAAGGCCGAUGAAUCCUUUAGCCCGACAGUUUCUUGAGGGAGAUUCAAUGGUAGGUUAUGGUAUAUAGCUGUAGAGAAAGUGGGGAAUAUUUAAACAAUUAUUAAAUGAGGCGGAGUAUGCAUGAUACGGAGAAUUAUGCAGAUCAAGAAGGAUGGAUAACAGCCUCGGUGCCUAACACCCUCCGAGAUCAGCAUAAUUCUUCACAUCAUACGAAAGCUGAAUUCAAUAAUUGUUUUGUUAUUCAUGCGAAAUAUUUUUAAAUUCUUAGAAAGCCACGGUUUUAGAUACUCCCCGUAAAGUAGGUAACAUACAUCGAGCAAUGUGUUUCGCUUAUUUUUUCAUUUCUUCCACUCAGUUUUAGCCAGAAAUUCAGCUGUUUCGUUUUCUGAUAGCCGUGAACGCCAUUUGUUGACUUCACUAUUGCCCAAGCACCCUCUUUUCCAAGCAAAUAUGCCAUUGAUUAACCUCGUUUCCAAAAGUACCGUAUGCGAAGCAGCGCCAAGAUCCUUGUUCUGGAUCUACAACGGACUUGACGAAUUACCGAAAAUGCUUUUCGAAUUUCCUUUCAUCCUGAUCGGCAAAUCGACAAUGGCUCUUUUAACAGGUCAAUCAUAGUGCGUACUCAAAUCCUGGUACACAGGUGGGGGCCCAGGACAAAGAUUUCGGCGCUGUUUCUCAGACGGACUUGGCCAGACUUAAGUUUUGUCUGUGGCACAGGCAAGGAGUAAAGGUGUUCGUAAACGUUUAUACAUUUAGUAUAGAAAAUUCCAAAACUCAGAGCAAAUACCCACACAGACCAAUAUUCACCUUUUGCCUCGAACCACCGCCUUGAACUCGAACGUUCUGUGGACCUACCAGCAAUUUACAAUAGAGUAAUCCUCUCUUGGGGAUUCAUAACUUUUCUGCUACGCAACCUGUCAGUUCACAACGCUGGUGAAGUCCGAGUGAUUUGGACGAAAUAUUUGCUCUGAGUUUUGGGUUUUCUAUACUAAGCACCUUUUUGGUAAGUUUUAUACAAUCAGUUGAACCUCCUGUGAGCGAGAGGUGUGUCUCCGUGGGGACAGUAGUCGCUUUUGGGAGGUUAAAAUGCAGUGUUUGUUUGUCGCUUGGAGGAAGUUAUGCAUUUCAGUAGGACAAAAUAAUGGUGGUGGUGGUGGUGAUGGUGAUGGUGAUGAUGAUGAUGUAACUUUGUUUCUUUGCUUUCUUCUUCUUUUCUUUUUCUCCUUUUUUUUUUUUUUUUCAGCACUUUCAUCCGAUAAAUUCGCGAUAAAUUGGCCAGGGAGCAAGACCUUUCUAUUAAUCAAAGCUGAAGCAAUGUGAGCAACAAGAAGAGAGUCAGUGGCAGUGAUAAUUCUUUCAAAUUGAUCGUGAAAUCGACCAUGCAUUUAUGGAGCUACGACUGUAGAUGAACUUGUAGAAAAAAGAGAUAAAGACAUGAAUAAUCUUGGUGUCACAAACCAUAAUCAACGGCCUUGUUCUUUUUUCUGUAUCAACACUUAAUCAUACUUUAAAACGUCGGCCUGGCGUUUUCAACGUUUUAGUUCACUUGGUUCCGACCAUCCCUCAGCUAGAAACUCUUUCAAUCAGUGCUAGUAUAGUGUAAAACUAUCCCCCGAUGCGUAGCGGUGUGCCGGAAUAAACGUGGAUAUAUACUGGAACGCAAAGCGUCGAAGUUAGCAUCUAGCGCUGUGCACCGACCCUGAGGGGGAGGGGAUAGUUUUCGUAUUUACCAAAUCAGUUGGAUAAGCAUGAAAAGUAAAUUUUUGUGUAAAAAAAAAAUACGUGACUUAGUAAUAAUUAGGGCUUCGUUUACUUUUUUAUUGACUAUGUUUCGGGGAUUUUUCAAGCUCAUUUUCAAGCUUUUGUUACAAAUUCAGCAAGAAAAUGGUUUUUACCUACCAGUAAACACUGACAAGCCAAUCUUCUUGGCUUUCUUGUAUUUGUUGGUACAUGUACAUUCUGUUUCAUUUGUCGAUUACCGGAUAUGUCUUUUUCUGAAACUGUUGCGAAAUGGGACGUCAAAGCGGUGAAUAGCCAAGCAUAUUUCGAGAUAAAUCGGGAGAAAAACGCUAUCCUCCAAUUUGGUAAAUACAGAUAAUUUUUAUUAGUAGUGCGCUUUGAUUGGUCAGUUUAGCGAGCCGUGUAGACCUUUCCUGCAUUCCGUUCCAGUGAGCAAACACAAAGAAAUGAGGUCGAGGCUCCUCGGGUGGACAAUUUCAUACAAAUCACAUGCAUUUUGUCCACUCAAGCCUCGAGUUGGUGCCUUAGGUAUGUUGGAACGGUCUAUUUCACUGUACUGCCCGCUAAAUUCAAUACCGUAAAUCCUCUAUUAAGCCCCCAUGGAGGCUUAUUUAUUUCAAGCCUAUUUAAGGGGCGGGGGGCUCUUGUCUAAUUUAGAAAAUACCAUGGUAUCAGUUCUCCCUAAAGAACUAGAAUACAAAGUCGAAAAGCUCAAGCACAAGAAGGUUGGAGGUACUUCCAGUUGGUAAAUAAACCAUCCCGGAUCAGUCCACACGGCGUUUUACAGUUGUGAUUGAUUAACACAGUCCAUCAGUGAAGAAUAAGUAGGAGAGGGGAGGGAGGGGGGCUUCUUAACUUUUUUCCCUUGAAAAAGGGGGGGUUUAAUAGUGGAUUUACGGUAUUUUGUUUUGGUUGCAAUUCGUGACGGAAAAACGCUGUUAAACUAAUCGCUUCAUGUAGUUCGAGCUUUGGCCAUAUAUUCUGGCAGAUAUAACUCAGUUCAUAACUUGCAGUACUUACUUCAAAGGCUCUUAUCAAGACCUUUUCCAUACUGCAAGUUAAAAGGAACUGCCCCUUUCAGCUGUGUAUAAGAAACGGGUUAGCACAUUCCCAUAGUGGUGUUCAGGAUAAGUAUAAUUGACUGCUCAAAGAAAACUCUUUGCUUGAUAUUUUGUACUGACUUAAUUAGCUUGCGUGUAUAUAGGUAACUCGGCCGUGUAUGAAAUAUGUAUUUUAGUAAAGUAUCAAUUGUGCAAGGCUAAUAAAGCAAAUUCAAGAAC